CCAUUCCAUCGCUCAUCCGUCAAUUCUCCAUUCGUUGUUGAUUUAAUUUUUGUUGGUUGUUAAUAUAUCGUUUUGUUUCUAAAUCGGCAGAAAAUUCAAAUAUAUUAAAAUGGAAGUAGUAGCUGAGGAAUCUCCGAAAGACAAUACAGUAUCAGAAAAUAAUAUAGGCGACUGUGAGAAAUUACCAACCCCACCUCCUCAGGAACCGCCAAAAAAGUCAAAGAAGGAAGACAGGUCAAAAAAAGAUGACAAAAAUGUUGAACAAUUCAUGAAAUCUCUAAAUUCAGUUCCAACAUUAGAAGAAAAGUUCUCUCUAGUUUGUAAAAAGUACUCACAGGCGGCUGAUGAUAAUAAGAAGAUGCAGUUCUAUAUAAAACAAUCAGAUAAAAGAUAUGCUUUGCUGCUGAAAGAGAAGGAACAACUACAGCAUGAGUACAAUAAGACUGUACUUGUCAAGUCUAAACUAGAGAAUCUUUGCCGAGAAUUACAGAAACAGAACAAAGCUAUUAAGGAAGAAUCUCUUUUAAAAAUAAGAGAAGAAGAGGAAAGACGUAAGGAGACACAGGCCAAGUUUCAGAACACGCUGUCUGAGAUCACAGCACUUUUGCAGCAGAACAAUGAGAAGAGUGCCAAGCUCCGAGAUGACAAUAUCAAUAUGACAGAGAAGUUCAAGAGUCUAAUGCAGCAGCACCAGAUACGGGAACAACAGAUAACAAAAAUGACGAAACAAAUGGGAUUAGAAUCUGAACUAUCGGAGGCAAAACUACAGAAGGCAUCUUUAGAACAUCAAGCAGAGAAGGAAAGACUUUUAGCGGAGAUUGAGCAGAUGAAGAUGACAUUGGCACAGUACCGUGCCAAGGUUAUGGAGAUGCAGACCAAUGAGACUGCGCUCAAAGGUCAGCUGGCGGUGUACACGGACAAGUAUGAUGAGUUCCAGACAGCAUUGGUGAAGAGUAAUCAACUUUUUGGUGGCUUCAAGGAACAAAUGGACAAGAUGUCUAAGAAGAUUCAGAAGUUAGAGAAGGAGUCGCUGUCGUGGAAGAAGCGUUGGGAGACAUCUCAGACAGCGCUGCUGGACAUGUGCGGGGAGCGGCAGGCCAGCGAGGAGCGCGCCGCCGCCAGCACCAGGCAGCUGCAUCGCAUGCAGGGUCUCUGCCGCACGCUGCAGGCGGAGCGCACAGCACUGCUCAACACGCUGAAGGAGCACAACAUAGAGCGUCCUCCGCUGCCUGCGCCCACCGCCUCGCCGCCCACGCCUUCUCCGGCGCCCACACCUGCGCCCACGCCCACCAACACGCCCAACAACAACAAGAUGGAAGCGAUGGCGGCGAAUUGUGAACAACUUAGACAGAGCUUAGCUCAGUUACAAACUCAAUUAGACGUUUUAACAACGGCCAAAAACGAGCCCGUCAAAGAGAAACUAAAAUCUGAAAAGCAAAAGAAAUCCAAAUCGAAAAAGAGUAAAGCGGAGAAACAGGCGCAAAAAAUGGCCGCUGAAAAAAUUGAUACUAAAGAAGAAAGCGAUUCAAGCGCCCCCAAAGAAACUACGGAUGAGAAUAAAACUAAUGUAGAUGCAAAUGAACAUAUAGAAGAGAAAAUAGAUGAAACAGUGAAUUUAUUACAAGCUAUUAAUAACGUAGAAAUGAAAGAAAUAAACAAUGAGGAAGAAAUUAAUGAAAAAAGUGCAGUAUUAAUAAAUUCUAAUGACAAAUUGGAAGAUAAAAUUCCUACAGAUGUAGCAGAAGUAACAGAAGUAAAUGAAGAAGUUUGUAAUGAUAAAGAAGUUCCCGGAGAAGCAAAAAAUGUGAACCAAGUUACGUUAAGUUCAAACGAUGAGAUUGCACAUAUAGAAGAGGUGAAAUGUAUAUCAAAUGAAGGCUAACUCUGUGUCAAACUGUAUAUAGUAUUUUCUACAUCAUUUUAUAUGAGAAAAGUUAACUUUUUUAAUAUUCAUUGUGGUGUGUUUUAAAUGAAGUAUGUUCCUACGAGGCCUAACAGUGACUUAUUCAUACCAGUGAAGUGUUUUUUUUACUUAAAAUCGAAUGUGGACAAGAUUAUGUU